AAUGUCGACGAAAGCCGUUCUCCUGUUAGCCUUAGCUUUGAUGGCAGUCAUCGGUGCCGCAAAUUCUCAACGUAUCGUUGAGAAUAUGUUGAAAAACAAGGCUCUCGUCGACAAAAAGAUCAAGUGCAUCCUGAACGAGGGAUAUUGCGAUUUCGUCGGCAAAUUAAUCAUAAAACGGUUACCAGAAGUCCUUCACAACGACUGCAACAGUUGCUCGUCGUUCGAGAGACAAGCUUCGCAGACGCUCCGAAGCUUCAUGGAGCGAGAGCACGCGGCAGAAUGGGAACGAAUAAUCGCAAUGUAUUAG